UCCACCUUAUAAGGUUUUGCUUUGCAAGAUCAAGAGAAAACCCAAUAUGGGAAUCAGCAAGAUUUCGCAAGCCAUUGUUUGUGUCCUCAGUUUAACCAUGGCCCAUCUCUCCUGUGCCCAAAACACGCCACAAGACUACAUAAAUGCUCACAACACAGCUCGGUCACAGGUGGGCGUCGGACCUAUAACAUGGGACGCAAACCUAGCGGCUUAUGCCCAAAACUAUGCCAAUCAACGUAAGGGUGAUUGCAGACUUGUGCACUCCGGUGGUCCUUACGGUGAGAACCUUGCAUGGAGCAGUGGUGACCUCACAGGCACGGCUGCGGUGGCUUUGUGGGUAGGAGAAAAAUCCAACUAUAAUUACAACUCUAAUUCAUGCGUUGGCGGGGUGUGCGGCCACUAUACUCAGGUGGUUUGGCGGAAUUCUGUACGCCUGGGGUGUGCUAAAGUGAGAUGCAACAAUGGAGGCACCUUCAUCGGCUGCAAUUAUGAUCCCCGUGGCAACUAUGUCGGCCAGAGACCUUACUAAAAGCCUCACGUACAUAUGUUUUAGGUCCUCGAUCAAAGCCUCUAUGCUUUUAGAGAGUUACCGUUAAAUAAGUCAUGUAUUGACAUUUGGGGACAUGCAUGUACAACAAUAAAGCUGUGAGUUUGAAGUAAUAUUAUCAAGAAAAACUUGACAUGCCUAAGGGCUUUUUAACCUUUAGCAAA